AAUUUUGCAACACUCCUUAAUACAUCUUAAGAAUACUUCUUAAUAAACGUCAAUACAGAGCACUUUGUAUCACAAAUUAAUAGGGCCCAUGUAAAAUUGCGUGAUAACUAGCGACAAAAUUAUGUUGAGGUCUGUUAAAAUAGCUUUCAAGAUGGUGGCUGUUUCAUUAACUGCAUCCUUUCCCCAUAGGCAUGGUUACCCCACAGGCGCCAAAUUUCGAAGGAGCAGUUGCUCCACCUGCGAUGUUUGAUAGUGUUCCUGGCUAUGAAGGAACUGGAAUAGGAAGUGGUGGUAAAUUUCUUCCUCCACCCAACCCUGGGCCUAUUAACCCUGGAACAGAACCUCCACCAUCUCAGAAAGAGUGGAACAUUCCAUCAAUCUCUGAAGAGACUGCUCGCUCUGCAUUUGUGUCAUACGCUUCCAGUAAGUGCUGUUACAGCUCAACUCCAGCAAAGCAAGCGGUAUUCAGCAGUCUUGAAGCACACAACACAUACAGAUAUCGCUUAGAAACCUUCACUGAAUCCAGGUCAACGGAAUGGGCCCAUGAACCAUACCAUGGCCAGCCUGUAGAUGCCUAUACUCAGCCUGCUCCUGGACCAUGGGAUAUUCCAGUACAGGCCCCUGCUCUGUUUACUGAUAGCAGUUAUCAGGUCAAAGUCCCAUACACCUCAUCUGUCAAGGGAUGUCACGCCUGCAUAGAAAUGGGUAGAGUUCCAUGUAAACAGUGUGCUGGAGCUGGAAAUAAACAGUGCUGGGUGUGUCAUGGCUCAGGGUGUCGUCUUGGGGGAAAUAUGUGCUCCCAGUGCAAUGGCAGGGGAUAUGAGGACUGCACGUUUUGUGGAGGCCAAGGAACAGAACCAUGCAACAUUUGCUCAGGAAGUCGGCAGCUCCUGGUCUACAUUAAACUCACAGUAAAAUGGACAAACAACACUUCAGUUCAUAUUGGAGUACAGCAGAGUGGGUUUCCAGCAGACUCCUUCAGCAAAGUGUCUGGAAAUGUGAUCUUUGUGGACUCUCAGUACAUGGUGUAUCCUGUGACAGGUUUCCCAGACCCGUCUAUUUGUCAGGCGUCUCAGUCAUUAGUGAGAGAACACCAAACGCAAUACUCCACAUCAUCUCGCGUUCUUCAACAGCGACAGACCAUUGACCUGAUUCCUGUCACUAAAGUGAAUUACACAUGGGAUGGAAAAGCCUACAGUUACUUUGUCUAUGGCGUGGAGAAUAAAGUCAAAACAGAUGACUACCCAGCCAAGUGCUGCUGCACAGUAAUGUAGCCCAGUUCUAGCCUACACAGUGUAUUCAGACGUGGGAUAAAGUUAGCAUUAUUUGAGGUCUGCUGUUAUACUGUGGGUGAAUGAAACCAAAUAUAAAAAUAAUAUAGAUGAACAGCAUCUGAUCAUAUUUGA